AUGGCACCUAGACUCCCUCCUCCACCCCAACCUAACGAGCCUGAUGCGUCCAACAACGCUAGGUUGUUGGAGACAGUAAUAGACCGCUUGCAGCAGCAGAACAAUACACUGAUGGAACAAAAUGCCACCCUAAUGCAGCAGAAUCAGAGUGCCAUGCAGAGUUUGGAAGCUUCACGUGCCAACUCUGAAACCACGCAAAGACAACUAAUGGAAAUCCUAGCAGCGACUAGGCAUCAUUCAGGGGCGUCCUCUUCCAACGCUGCCCCGCCUACUGCCGAAUGGAGCUUGGAGAGUUUCCUCCAACACCAUCCUGCUAAGUUCAGUGGAAAGGGUAUCCCAGACGAAGCGGACCAGUGGUUGAGGGAUAUAGAGAAGAUCUUCAACGCCAAACGAUGCCCGGAUGAGAACAGGUUGGCGUACGCUGAGUAUUUACUGACUGGAGAAGCGAGUCAUUGGUGGUCGAGCGCUAGAGCUAUUCUUACGGACGCGCAACAACCGAUCACCUGGGAAGUAUUUAGAGGCAAGUUCUAUGAGGAGUACUUUCCAGAUAGCGUCCGGUUUGCCAAGGAAGUUGAGUUUCUACAAUUGGUUCAGGGGAGUAUGUCCAUUUCCGAGUACACCAAUAAGUUCAAGCACUUGGUGAGGUUCAACACUAUGGCGACGAGUGAGCAGUGGCAGUGUAGAAAGUUUGAAAAUGGACUGAGAAGUGAUCUUAAGGUGUUGAUCUCCAGUUUGUGCAUUCGGUCGUUUCCAGCCAUGGUUGAGAGGGCUAAAGUGUUAGAGAAAAAUAUGGCUGAGGCGGAACAACAUAAGAAACAACAGGCGUCGAGAGGACCAGUCAUGACGAGACCUAAUGUAAAUCGGAACAGGACCCCAUACGCUCGUCCAGCCCAGUCGAGUGGUUCGCAAGCUGUGGUAGUUGCUGGACAAGCAAAUCAACAAGGGCCGGUCAGAUGUUUUCAGUGCGGAGGACCUCACUUUAGAUCUUCAUGCCCUCAGUUGGUUGGAGGGAAAUAUUGCACUCGUUGUAAAAGAAAUGGUCACCUGGAGAACGAGUGUAAUAUGGGCGGACGUGCAGUGAUGAGGCCGCCGAACGCUGGGAGGACUCAGCAAGGAAGAGGUGGAAGAGCCCAAGCUGUGGGGCGAGUAUAUGCGAUCACUGGUGCAGAAGCAGCGAGCUCAGGUACGCUCGUCACUGGUACCUGCUUAGUUCAUGGAAUUCCUUGCUGUGUGUUGUAUGAUUCUGGGGCAACACACUCCUUCAUCUCGAAGGCGUGCGUUGAUAAGUUGGGGUUAACCGAGAGUGAGAUGCAGUUCGACUUGGAAUUAGAAGUGAUUCUGGGAAUGGAUUGGCUGAAUACCAAUCGCAUCCUCAUAGAUUGUGGGGCUAAGGAGUUGAUUUUUCCUGAGGAAUGUGAAGAAGAGUUAGGAGUGACGCUCAUUCAAAUUAAAGAAGAUAUAAUGGAAGGCGCCAGUUGCUUCUUGAUCAUGACGCAUGAAGACCGAGAGCUGGCGGAUAAGAGUUUUGAACGUUCGUUCAAUAAGUACGCUGAAGGACGAACGGUUGUGGACGAAUUCCCGGACGUUUUUCCGGAUGAGGUGCCUGGAUUGCCUCCCGUUCGUGAAGUUGAAUUUACCAUAGACUUGGUAACUACGGCAGCUCCUAUAUCCGUUCAACCGUAUAGAAUGGCACCUGCUGAAUUGGUGGAGCUUAAAAAGCAAAUAGAAGAGUUGAUGGACAAGAGGUUCAUCCGUCCAAGCGUGUCACCUUGGGGAGCGCCCUUGCACGGAGCGAGCGUUUUCUCUAAGAUAGACUUGAGGUCAGGCUAUCACCAGAUUCGGGUCAAGGAAGGAGACAUCCAGAAGACAGCCUUCCGUUCGCGUUAUGGACAUUAUGAGUACGUGGUCAUGCCGUUCGGUGUGACGAACGCUCCAGCAGUCUUCAUGGACUAUAUGAACCGCAUCUUCAGGCCGUAUUUGGACAAGUUCGUGGUGGUGUUUAUUGAUGAUAUUCUCAUCUACUCCAAGAGUUGUGAAGAGCAUGAGGAACACUUAAGGGUGGUACUUGGAGUGUUGAGAGAAAAGGAACUGUACGCUAAGUUAUCUAAAUGUGAAUUUUGGAUGAAGGAAGUGCAGUUCUUGGGUCACGUUGUGUCCGCGGGUGGAAUUUCAGUUGAUCCAGCUAAGGUACGAGCGGUUUUGGAAUGGGAGAGUCCGCGCUCGGUUACUGAAGUUAGGAGUUUUGUUGGACUGGCGGGCUACUACAGGCGCUUUAUAGAAGGAUUUUCUAAGAUAGUAGCACCGUUGACCCAGCUGACCAGGAAGGAUCACCCGUUCGCUUGGACCGAUCGGUGUGAAUCUAGUUUUCAAGAGCUGAAGCAGAAGUUGACGAGCGCUCCAGUGCUAGUAAUUCCGGACACUGCCAAACCUUUCGAAGUGUACUGUGACGCAUCUCACCAAGGUUUGGGGUGCGUUCUUAUGCAAGAGAAACGAGCAGUGGCGUACGCAUCACGGCAGUUGAAGAUACAUGAGAAGAAUUACCCAACGCACGACCUAGAGCUAGCAGCGGUCGUCUUUGCUCUAAAGAUUUGGAGACACUACUUGUAUGGAUCCGUCUUCCAACGGAGGUGGCUUGAGUUCUUAAAAGAUUAUGAGUUCGAGUUGCUUUAUCACCCUGGUAAAGCGAACGUUGUAGCGGAUGCUCUAAGUAGGAAGGCGGUUCAUAUCUCGGCAAUGAUGGUUAAAGAGCUAAGUUUGGUGGAGAGUUUCAGAGACCUGAGGUUGCAGUUCGAGUUGGAGCCGAAUAGUAUUAAAUGCUGCACCUUGAGGAUAUCAAGUGAUGUGUUCGACCGAAUCUGGAGGAAACAGCGAGAGGACGAGGAAUUGGUGAAGAUUUUUAGUGCGCUCGGUACGGAUCAAACCAAGCAUUUUAACGCUGGAACGGACGGCAUGUUACGUUACAUGGGUCGUACGUGCGUUCCGAAUGAUGGCGAGCUAAAGAGAAUUAUCUUAGAAGAAGGAAUGAAGAGUGAUGUCGCACGAUUUGUGGCAUCAUGUUUAACCUGUCAACGUGCUAAAGCGGAGUAUCAAAGACCGGGCGGCUUACUACAACCUUUGGAUAUUCCUGAAUGGAAGUGGGACAGCAUUUCAAUGGACUUCGUGACUCACUUGCCCCGUACGGUCAAGAAUCAUGAUUCUAUUUAG